UCAAAGUCAACGCAUCCAACAUGGAUUCAGUACCAAUUUAGUCCUUGCCUCAUUUACACGGAAUCCGGAGCCGUGGUUACGCAUCCACGCAGUGCAGACGUACGCAAGAAUAGACGUGCGUUCGUGCUUUCCGUUUGGUCCGCGCGCUGGGUGGCCAUGUUAGCUGAGCUUCUGGUCGAUAACAAGCAGUUUGCCAAAACCUCUAAACCCGUCGCAACUCGUAGCUCUCACGUCUUGACGAUUGCCGCGGACGCCAAUUCGAAGGCAAGCCUUGAGCCCGUGUCGAUUAUCGCGGAUCCGCGCGGUGAUUUCGGCACCGUCGCAACUUUUCCAUCUGCAACGACGGUUUCUAGCUGUCAAGAAAUGUUGCUCAGCCGAAACUCGUCGAUCUCUUCCACGCAUGAAGAAGACACUAUGCCGCUGAGUAAUUCAAUUGAUCAGUCGUACGAUCGCUUAACCAGCGGCACAGAUGGUGCCAGCAAUGGCCACUAUGCCGACGGUGGUCGGAUCGGUGAACGUGUAGAAUUGUGUUGCAAUCGUUGCGGCAAUUUCGCACAACUAAUGAAUACAAAGAAUUACAGCGGUGACGAAAUGAUGCGCCGUGAAAACAAUUUUAAAUGUGAUAAGUGUUGUCAUUUGAGUGUUGUGAAUGGUGGCAGUGAGAGUGUUGACAGUGUGGAGGACGAUGAAGAAGAGCCUGAAAUUGGCAUCGACGAUGACAUGGAGGAUGCAGAGGUCGAUCCGGAACGUGAUGAUGAAAUGGAUCUGCAUGACACGGAGGCGCUGAGACUGCCCAAGGUGGAGGAGAAAGAGACAACUAUCCUGAAGGAUAACAGCACGAAGCCCGUAUUAAAAUUUAGUGUUUCAGCGAUUUUGGGCGAUACACGCGAAGGAGUACGAGUGAGAAAUGAAUUCAUUCAGCCGCAACAUAUCUGGCCUUACCUGCAACAGAACUUCAUUCACCAUGCCCACUUUCCACAUCCCGCUUUUCUGACACACCACCAGCACACACAUGCCCUACCACAUCCACAUCCACAUUCUCACCUCCCGCCACACCAUCCACACCUGUCGACACAUCAGUUGAACCCCAUCAUCGGCGCCGCCAAUGGCAAUAGUUGUCAGCCGCAAACCGCAGCGUCGUCGUCGUCACCUGGCAGCACAAUCAGUGAUAGCGACAAUCACUCCACCGGCACCGGCGGCAGUGGCAGUGGCAGUGGUAGUGGUAGUGGCAGCAACAGCAAUAGCAACAACAUCAGCACGACAAUCGAUGGCCGGCCAUAUGAAGGUGUCGGUGGUGGUCACAAUGACAGUGCCAUCGAGGAUAAUAAUAAUCGAAGACUAAAUUUGCCAUCGGCUCAGGAAAAACAACAGCAACAGCUGCCAACACACCUGCAACAACAACAGCAGCAACAUUCGGCAGCACACCAGCUGCAGUCCCACAUGCCGCCUCACCACUCGCCGCUGCCUGGCCAACCGACAGGCCACCACCAAGUGAUAGCAAAGCCCCUGCCCAGCCGCCCAACACCCUUCCUGCCGCAUAGCCUGCAACAUCCGCAUCUGCAUUCGCUGUUGGCGCAUUGUCGAAAUCCCUAUAUGAGUGUUGGAGCACAAGUGUUUCCCCUGCCACCUGGUCAAGGCUUCCCCUGGGCGCAUUCAACGCGUGGCAAACCUCGACGAGGCAUGAUGCGGCGUGCCGUCUUCUCCGACUCGCAGCGCAAGGGCUUGGAGAAGCGAUUUCAGCAGCAGAAGUAUAUUAGCAAGCCGGAUCGCAAGAAAUUGGCCGAACGACUGGGCUUGAAGGACUCUCAGGUGAAAAUUUGGUUUCAAAAUCGACGUAUGAAAUGGCGCAACUCCAAGGAGCGCGAGCUACUGGCCAGCGGCGGCUCACGUGAUCAAACAUUACCCAACAAGAACAACCCCAAUCCCGACUUAUCCGAUGCUAAAUGCGAUCGCCCCAUUUCACCGCUCUCGCCAACUCCUCCAUCACCACCCUCGCACAGCCUAUCGCCACAACCCAAAGAGGAGCGCGCCAAUGCCGACACACCAACCAAUAACGGUGCAGCCACGCCCAACGCCAUGCAAUCUCCGGCGUCCACGCCCUCCGCAUCUGGCACGCUUCAUUCGCCACCGCUCAUGCAUCAUAUACCCAGUAGUGUGGCUGUGGCAGCUGCCGCCGCUGCUGUGGCCUUCAGCUCGGCGCCGAGCAUGCAAAUGAGCUCACCACCUCCGCUGCUGACCGUCGCCGCCAAAUUGAAUGCCAAUCUAAACGAUCAAUCAUCGAACGCAUCCUCUUCGGCUGCCUCAUCGCCACCGCUUUCUGCUGGCGGCGGUAUUGUUAUUGGUGGUGGUUGCGGUGCCGGUGGUGCGAGUAUUGGCAUGCCGCCUUUGUCGAGCGCCGAGUUCCAGGCGAAAAUCAAUGCGGAAAUGCAAAAGCAUCUGGCCGCUGCCGAUCUCAAAUUCAAAUUGGAGUCAACAAUCAACGAAGCUAAGCAGCGGCGCAUCAAUAUGCUGAGUCUGGCCGGCGCUGUAGCAGGCGCAGGUGGAAUCGGUGGUGAACAGCAUUCCUUGCAGCUGCACGCGGCACAUCCGGGCGGCAUUUUCAUGAGUGAGGCACUGCAGGCGUCGCAUAACCACCAACACCAACACCAUCAACACAGCAGCAACGGUAUGCACUUGUCAGCAUCGCCGCCAGUACCAACGUCAGCGCAUUCACAUGUCAGUACGCACGCGAUGCCACCAUUCCAGAAUCCGGAAUUCAUGAAAAUGUACUACGACGACUACGAUGAUUCAAAUUCAGAUAGUGAUGAGGAAAUCAGCGUAACGUGACCACAUUAAACGAAUGAAUAUCUACGAUUACUUGUACAUAAAUGCAUAAAUACUAAGUAUGUAUGUAUGUCUAAAAAAAAA